AUGUCUAACCACCUAACUCGGCCGCCUGUGUGCAGCCACAUCAUCUAUCAAGAGGACCGGUGCUUCGCGUGCAGAGCGCAGCGACGGAAAUCCCUGGAGCAUCUUAUGCCCCUGCAAACGAGCAGUGAUUUACAAGAGCCUCCAAAGCUUGCGAAAGAGGAAGCGGUGAGAAAAGUGGGAGAGUUGAAGGAGAGCGAGCCGGAAGCUGGUAUGAAGUCGGAUCAUUUGGAUGCAGAAGCUAAGGGGGGUGAUGGUGAGAGUUCAACUGGCACCAAAGAGGAAGCGGGGCCAAGCUCUACUAUUCCCGCAUCUGCCAGACCCGAGGCUUCAAAUCAAAAGAAGACAUUGAGAUCUUCGCGGCACAGGAAAGUUCUUUGA